AUGGAGCCGGUGGUGGCCCCUGGGCAAGAGCGCUCGGCUGGGACAGAGGCAUCCCUGAAGCGAGUGGUGGUCUCGCUGCUGCCUGCCCCGUGCAGCCGGUUCCUCUGGGGCCGGCCGGACCAGUACCGCCGCAGCGAGUUCUUCCUGGGUGGCGGCGUCGGGACCCUCCUUGGCCUCGGGCUCUGCCAGCUCCUCAUCGUCCCCAUGAACAUCACAGAGAUGCGCAAGGUGAAGCUCUCCUGCGGGCUGGCGGGGGUGACUACCUUGGGCUGGGCCACGUCUCCCCACUUUCGCUGCGCCAGUCUGCUUGUGGCCCCCAAAUUCCUGGGCAAGGAGGGUCGGGUCUAUGUCCUCUCCUUUGUCCUCGUCGCCAUCUACAACGGGCCCGUGGCCAACACCUGGCACAACCUGGAGGAGGUGACGCGCUCGGCGUGGCAGAGCUGCAGUGGGCGGACGCUGAGCGCCGAGAUGCGGAACAUCUCGCGUGCCUUCAUGGGGCUGAAUGAGGAGGUGGCCAGUGAGGAGGGGUACGACCUGCGGCAGCACCAGCACCCGGACCCCCGGCCAGCCCCCAGCACCCAGCAGCUGUACGAGAUGAAGACCAAACUGCGCUGUACCUAUGUGAUCGAGCUGGGCAUGCAGCGCUGCCGGGACUGGUUCAGCACCAAGCACGAGGUUUGCAUGGCACAAGUGGUCGUGCCCCUCAUCAGCCACCUCCUCUGCCUGCCCAUGAAGUUCAAGUUCCUCUGCCACAUUGUCAAGGUCAUGCACAGCUGGUGUUGGGACAAGAUCCCCGUGGAGGGCAACUUCGGGCAGAUGUACGACCUGGUGAACAACUCCGUCAGCAACCUCAGCCAGGACUUCAGCGCCAGCGUUGUAUUCCAGGAGGAACACCGCGAGAUGCUGCUGGGCGCCAACGUGUCGGCGGAGCAGCUGAUGGAGGAGGUGACCUCGCACCUGCGGCAGCAUGGCGCCCACCUGGGCCAAGCCAUCUCCUUCUUCCGCCUGCUGCUCUCCUGCACCUUCCUCCUCGUCUUCAUCUCGGCUUUCUCCUACACCAAGCGGUACUGCCAGGACAUCUGCUUCGACAACCUCUACGUCACCACCUACUUCCGCCAAAUCGACGCCCGCCGCAGAGCAGAAAGCAGGGGGGGAGAACGGACGCUGCUGCCCCUGCGCCGGGCAGAGGUCUCGGCUGUCAUCUUCCCGUGUCGCCUGACUGUGCAGCCGCCCGAGCUGCAGAGCAUGGUGCUGGAGCUGCUGGAGUGCAUCCCGCCGCUGCUCCUCCUCCUCCUCGCCUGUGGCCUCGACCACGUGCUCUUCACCAUGCUCAGCAUCAUCCAGCAGCACUCCUUCGUGCAGUACUCCUUCCACACCUGCCUGCCCCCAGGGCAUGACGAGGCAAGGCAGCAAUACGUGGGCAGCUGCCUGCCCCUGGCCGUGCUGGCGCUGCUCUGCCUGGCCCAGGGCUACACAUACCGCCUGCGCACGCCCCGGAUGGCUCGGCUCCUGCGGAGCACCAUCGGGGCCCUCAAUACCUCCUCUGACACCCAGCUGGAGACAUCCAACUUCGCCUGCCUGCCGCAACCCCAGGGCAUGACGAGGCAGCAAUACGUGGGCAGCUGCCUGCCCCUGGCCGUGCUGGCGCUGCUCUGCCUGGCCCAGGUCUACACGUACCGCCUGCGCCGUGCCAUCGCUGCCUUCUACUUCCCCAAGCGGGAGAAGAGCCGCGUGCUCUACCUCUACAACAAGCUGCUGCGGCAGCGGCAGAGCUUCGUCCACCGGCAGCGGAAACGUAUCGCCCGGCGGGCACAGCAGCACCCGGGACUGGUGAGCGGGGACGGGGACGCGGGGCUGGGACCGCACCAGGAUGCUGGGGCGGGGGGCUUCACUGUCACCCGAUCCCAGGACAGCAGCGAGGAGGACGCAGGGUACGCGGCCUGA